AUGGACAAUGGGGAUGGAAUUGCUGUUGGGUGGUUAGGACACCCUAUUUUUAGAGAUAAAGAGGGUCAUGAACUUUUUGUAUGUUGUAUGCCUACUUUUUUUGAAACAUUUUCAGUUAUUUUGGUAGAUGGAGAUGGAAUUGUUAGAGUCGAUGUUCCUUUUGGACAGGUCGAAUCGAAAUACAGUGUCGAACAAGUAGGUGGAACUGUUGAGUUCUAUGCCGGUGAACUCAAUGGAGUCAGUUAUAGUGAUCCCGCUACUGUGAAAAAAUAUGCUAAACGUGCUCAAUUGGGUGAAAUUUUUGAAUUGCAUCAUGCUACUUUGAAAUCUGACAGUGUUUUUCAUAGCAGUCCAAGGGGUUGGUUUACUUUUGGACAUGCUUCAUUUGCUUUGCUGUUUUUCUUCAGACAUAUUGGGCAUGGUGCUAGAACCUUGUUCAGGGAUGUUUUUACUGGUAUUGACCCCGAUUUGGAUGCUCAAGUAGAAUUUGGAGCAUUCCAAAAACUUGGAGAUCCAACUACAAGAAGACAAGUAAUCUGA